AUGAGCGAGAGCCAGCGCAAGAAGAGACAGUACUCGCGCAAUGGCUGCAAGGAGUGCAAGCGGCGCAAGCUCAAGUGCGACGAGGGCAAGCCCCAGUGCUGGAACUGCGCGCAUCUCCACAAGGAGUGUGUCUACGAACGCACCAUCAAGUUCACCAGCUCGCGCACUUUCACGAUCGAGUCGCAGAAUACCAGGCUGAUCAACCUCGGCGAGACGUCUGGCGCCCCGUCUGCCCCGGUGGCGGCGCGCAGUGCGCGUGGUAGCAAGCCUGUGACGCCGGACGGAGAGAUGGCUCCGCUCACGUUUGCGCAGCCGCCAGCAAUGGUGCAGAACCCGCCGCUCGCGCCGGCGGUCGCCGAGGUAGACCGGCUCCCGUCCGUGGGGCCGCACUUGCAGGGGAAACCGCGAAGAGCGUUCGAGCAGGAGAUGCGCCAGCAGCUCGCGUUCGAGCCGGCUACACCCUUACACCAGUCCAAGGAGCUGGACAACAAUCUAUUUACCGGGGCGAGCCACCUGAUCUCGGACCUGAACGACCUGAUCCAGAGCUUCCGGACGGACUUUGAGCAGCCGGAUGUCGGCUCGUCGUACAACUUCUAUAUUCGGCAGCUCACCAACACGCUCGAGACAGACUUCGACCACGGCGAGCCGGCUGUGGAAUCCGUUGUCUCAGGGUCCAAGCUGUCAGCGUUCCCGCCACCGAGCCCGGCCGUUCUGAUGUCUGGAGUGCCCGAGCGGUUUGACUUUCUCGCGUCGUUGAAUAAUUCCAUCAGCUCGCAGGACCUGAGCGAUCUGGCUGCGUAUUUCGGGUGGUCCUUCGAGUCGCCGCGUCUGAACUAUCUCAACGUGCUGAUCACCAAAAUUCAUCUCAACAUUCUGCCGUUCACCACGAACCUGCUGCACAACUCGUUUAUCAAGUGUUUUCUGCUUGAAGCGAAAAGCUCGCCGCACCUGCUGUAUGCUCUGCUGGCCAUCUCGGCCCGGUACGAGAGCUACCAGCUGAAACCCAGGGACGGCGACGAGGACUCGCGGGAAAAACAGGAGUCGCACCAGAAACUGCGCUCGUACUAUCUCUCGUCGUGUCUGAAGUCGCUGGACGCGAUUCUGCAUUCGAAACCGAAAAUCCUCAACAAUAUCCAGUCGCUGCUGCUCACGAUUUUAAUUCUGGCCUCGGACUACUCUGCGUCCACGGGGUCCCAAUGGCGGGCCCAUCUGCGCGGAGCCAAGGACUUGCUGAUCAAAUACUGCAAAUACAUGCCGAUCUCGCUGGAGCUGGGCAUUAUUUGGACGUGGUUCUACUCCAUGGAGACGCUGGCUGCGCUCACGUCGCCGAGCGGCGGGACGAUUCACGAUUUCAAGGAGCUGACGGAGUUUCUCGACGUGAUGAAGAGCAGCGGCCCCGUGGGAGCCACGCUGGCGAAGUUCGGCUUCUACGCGGCAGGAAACUACCACGUCCCGGCCCCCGUGCACAACACGUUCAACUUGUACCACGGCUACAACGACGACGUGCAGGAGCUCUUUAAGGAGAUCGUGCUGACGCUCGAGGCACGCCGCCUUUUUGCCAAGGACAACAAGCUGAACGAGGACAUCGGCCGGUAUCUGAACAAAGACGGCCAGGUGCUCAGCUCGCAGGUGCUCAAAAUGAUGGGGCUGGUGGAAAAAGCGCGGCUUUUCAAGUGCAUCGCGACAGGGCCGCCGUACCGCAUUCCGUUGGACUCGCCAAACCAUCCUCUGAACCUCAGCGGCAUCCACUACAACAACCCAGACGGAAAAGGCGUCGUCAUGUGCGCGUACAUGCACAACACCAACCCGCUCACCUCGGACCCGGACGACACGAAAAACUGGUACAGCUGGCUCGACCUGAGCCAGCAGCUGUACACGGACGCGUGCUACCUGAAGAUCCUCACGAUGAAGCACUGUAUGGGCCGCAACGGACUGGCCAUCACCAAUGAGCUUGUCCAGGACGUGGUGAACCGCAUGCUUUUGGGUCUGGACCCGCUGGUGCGGUUCAAGGAUAACCUGAGAGACGAAGACAUUGCCAGGCUGACAACGUACUAUUCGGAGCUCUCGGAGCUGACCGAGGCGACCGCCAGCAUGGAUUUCGACCAGUAUCUGUAUUACCAGUUCGACCACCGGCUGAUCAUGGUCCAAUGGCCGCUGUUUGUGUGUGGACUCUGCAGCGUGCUGCCGCAGCAAAAGUGCAUUAUAGAGUGCUGUUUCAAGGCCCUGAUGGACCUCGGAGUCGGCUCGGGAGAGAUCUCGCUCAUGAAGCUGAAACGGCUGUGGAAGCUGGAAAAGGAGGGCUUCGACUACGAGAAGUGCGACAUCUUUGGCGGCGACAACGACUCCGUUCCUUUCGUGUAA